AAACAUGGCGCCUUGACAACGUGACUUAGGUUAGAACACUGUACUUUUAUUCGUAAGCCAUCUUGGAGUUUUGUCACGCUCUUCUGUGCGCUUGGAAUUUACGUAAAUCAAGCCGAAGGUCAACACUCUUGAACUCUGAUAUCUUUUAGAUAUUGCGAUCUUGAAAUAUGUGUUUGUUUUAAGUGUUGUCACAGAAAUUUCAAACCGGCGUGCUCGUGUCAGCUAGUCAUGGCCAGUAGUUCUUCACACCGUGACGACGGCUCUGACUGGGAUUCUGCCGAAGAAAUGGAGGCGGAGUCUGCCGAAACGCUCUGCCUUUUCUGCUCGAAGCUCUGCAAGUCUCCGGAGUUGGUUUUCAAACACUGUUCAGAGGACCACGACUUCUGCAUUUCGUCCUUGGUCGCCAAACUUGGCUUGGACUGUUUCUCGUUCAUCAAGAUGAUCAACUACAUCCGUAGCAAGGACAUAACCGUGGAAAGUCUUCAGCGGAUAGACGCCUCCAAUGUUCCAUGGCAGGACGACAAGUUUCUCCAGCCAGUGUUGCCGGAUGACCUCCUCUUAACGUACGAUGUGGAGGACUUAGAAGCAGGAGGUGAUAUCAACAAAGAUGCUGUCACCAUCAGCCAAGCUGAAUACACCAGUCUGCGUCAACGUCUGUUUCAGGCUGAAGAGGCUAUUGAAAAAAUGAGAGAGACUGCCAAAAUCUUCCUGCAAGAUGGCGCCGCGCCGGGCACUGCAUUUCCGACUGUGGGGUUGCUUCGUGCGGACGAGGACUCGCCAUACUUUGAGUCGUACGCGCACCACGGGAUCCACCAGGAGAUGCUACAGGACGCGCCGAGGACCGAGGCAUACCGUAAAGCGCUGGAGAUGAACGCUGAGACGUCAAUCAAGGGUCGGGUGGUACUGGACGUCGGCUGCGGCACGGCCAUCCUGGCCAUGUUUGCGGCGCGGUGUGGGGCCAGCAGGGUGAUCGGCGUCGACCAGUCAGACAUUGUCUUCCAGGCCAUGGACAUCGUCAGGGAGAACGACCUGCACGGCACGGUGACCCUGCUGAAAGGUCGCCUGGAGGACAUUGACCUGCCCGUUGAGCGAGUGGACGUCAUCGUCUCAGAGUGGAUGGGCUACUUCCUGCUGUUUGAAGGGAUGCUGGACACAGUACUGCACGCGCGAGACCACCACCUAAAACCGGGCGGUACCCUCCUGCCCAGUCGGUGCGACCUGUUUCUCGUGGCACUCUGCAACAAAGCGUUGCACCAGCGCCACAUAGGAUUCUGGGGGGACGUGUAUGGCUUCAAGAUGAGCUGCCUCAAAAAGGAAGUGGCCAGGGAGGCUCACAUCAUGCUGGUCGGCUCUGAGAGCGUCUGCUCCGUCCAGCCAGCCCUGGUCAAGAGCCUGGACCUCAACACAUGCAACGUGGAAGACACCAACUUCACAUCGGACUUCGAAUUUGAGGUGGCGCCAGGGGCGGACGAGAUUACCGCGUUUGCCGGCUACUUCGACAGUGCCUUUGAGUUACCUGUGCCUGUCGUCCUGAGCACUUCUCCGCAGGCGAAACCUACACAUUGGAAGCAGACGGUAUUUCUGCUGGAACAACCAAUUGCAGUUAGGCCAGGUGAAAAGAUUACGGGAAAGCUGGACUGCAGGAGAGAUGCGAGGAGGCGGCGUGAACUGCUCGUGGCCAUUACUCUCCAAGACCAGACCUACCAGUACUGCCUCGGCUGACACCCUGGAUACAUUACAUAUGUCAUAAAGUAAAAAGAAAAACAUAUAUAG